AUGCUUAAUCUAAAGAAAAUAUCCAAUCCUUAUAAUUUACCUUCUCCAUAUGAUCACUGGAAAGAUGGACAUCUACAAUACUUGCAAGAUGUGGUGGAUAUAGUAGCUCAAUUUGAAUGGAUUUACAAUUUUAAGGUUGUUGACUUUUUUAAAGAGAGAAUAUGGGAAAAAAUACCUGAAGAAUGGCAGCAACCUCUAUUACAGCUUUCUUAUGAAGAUCUAAAGUAUAUUCCUCAAGGAAGAGUAAAGGAAUUCUGGCCCAAAUCUUUACAGAAUUUUAUUACUCAAGUAGCUGCGUUAGCUAUGCCUCGAGAGCCAAAUCAGAAUAUUGAUAAGGCCGAGAUUCAAGAUGAUAUUGGCUUAGGAAUGAUCCCAAAAAAGCGUCAUGAGGUUGAAUCAAUGGCGUCCUUCAUUGCGAAAAUGUGCGAAAACUAUGGCUGUGAGACUGUUGUCGACAUUGGUUCCGGUCUGGGUUAUCUGGGCCAGGUUCUUAAUAGCCUUUACAAAAUGAAAAUUGUUGGACUUGAUUCAAAUUCGCAAAGAUCCGAAAGUGCUAUUACUCGUAAUGUUAAAGUAAUUUCUAAAAGGAAUGCCUCAUUAUCAACUUGGGAUGGGUCUAGACCACAAGAUAUAAACAGUAUUACGUUAAGAAUAAGCGGUGAUACUCAAAGUUAUCAAGAAUUAACACGAUUAGUUGAAGAUUUAUCGAUUAACCAUACUAACAACAGCAAAGGAUUGUAUUAUCCAAUUGGUGUGAAUAAGAAAAGCGCCAGAGACGGCAACUGUCAAGCUGUAGCUAGUUUCCCGAAUCAAAAUCAGGAAAAUUUAACUAUACCAAUUUGUUUCGCUGGUUUACAUUGCUGUAAUGAUUUAACUCCUAACAUCUUGCACUACGUUGGAGAACACUGCCCAUUUUCUGCUCUUCUUGUCUGUGUAGGUUGCUGUUAUCACGGCAUGACUACCCCGCUGCCUGAGCGGCAAGGAUAUAUUGUCACAGAUGAGCAAAAAGUACCACGACUGGCAAAUGGGGAUUUACGCAAUGCGCUUAGCUGCACAAGAGACCAGAAAGAGUUUUUGCGUGUAAAGUAUACUUUGCCUUUAAAUGAUUUUAAAGAGAUUCGUGAAACAAAUCAAGGUCGUGUUCGUAUUAAAGUAUCUGCAGCGAUGACCUUCGAAGAUUACACUAAAAUCUAUCUUAACCGCAUCCAAGCAGUCACUGAUGAAAAUUAUGAGAAAUGCUUCGCUACAUGCAUGCAAAAGUACAAGGAGCACGAGCUGGUAAUACCAUAUGCAGAAGCCAUAACGGCAUUACAAGUGUUAUUUCAGCCGUUAUUAGAAAGUAUCGUAACAAUCGACCGCUGUUUGUACCUUAAUGAGCUUAACAUAGAUUGUGGAAUCAUACCUUUGUUUGAGGAAUACAUUUCACCUAGAAAUCUGGCCAUUGUUGGCAUGAAAAUAAUAUAA